AAUAUCAAGAGGAAGUUGUAGGGAAACAUUAAAGAUAUCUGUGGUGCUUGCCAAACGAGAGAAGGUGAAGCAAAAUCCUCGACCUGAAAGAAGUUUCUAAAAUUAAAUUGAAAUCUCAAAAAUUUAAGAAACAGCAUUCACGAAAAUCUUCUUCGUUUCGUUUCCAAUCCAUGAUAAUUUUCGCUUGGAUCGUUGUGAUGUAAUCGUCCGCCCCUGUCAAUACCAUGGUUUCCUUUCGAUCUAUUCGCUCCCGACGAGUCGCUGAACAUCCUCCCUCCUUGAGAAUUAUUGGAUAUACGGUCCUGCCACGUGAAGCGAUUGUUCUUUUUUGCAACAAGCUCCUCAACUUCUCGUGGGAUCGGCCGCCCUUCCUUCUCAUAUGCUCGAAUCAUUGAUUGUGCAAAGUCCACAUUUGAAGGUAGAAGUAAGGUAUACGCAGAUCCGUGUUGCUGUUGUUCUUCCGCAGAGAGUCUUCCAGCUCGUCCUAUGCGGUGCACGUGUGUAUCCCAGUUCUUCGCUGGAUCAAAAKUUAUGACGGUUGAAAUUUGUGGAAUAUCGAGACCCCUUCCGGCGACAUCCGUCGCUACCAGGACUUUGGUGUCACCCUUUCGAAAUGCCUUGAGAGCAGCUUUUCGAUCGCUAAGAUGUCGAUCCCCGUGAAGGGUUUCCAUGGGAACAAUUGUGCUCAGGUCAGCCGCAAGGUCUUCUACGCGUUGUCUGGUGGCAGAAAAAAUGAGUGUUCGGCCCACUCCCGCGAAUGUAGGCAAUAAUUCUUUUAAAAAUUCAAUUUUGGCCUGUGUAUUCGGUAGGCAGACAACGUGUUGUGUGACAUGCUGGGAGGAUUCCCCUGUCUUCCCAACGGAGAUUCGAAACGGUUCGUGCAUCCACUUCUGGCACUGCCUUUGGAGUUUCGAACUAAAGGUCGCAGAGACCAGAAGGGAUUGACGAUCGGGCCUAAGAUUCUGCAAGACCUGUGUCACCUGGUUUGAAAAUCCCAUCUGGAUCAUUUUGUCGGCCUCGUCCAAGACUAAAAUGGUGAUGUUGGGCAAGAGCCAUUGUUGUCUCGACUUUUGUUGUGCACUCAGAACAUCGAGGAGUCUCCCUGGUGUCGCAAUGAUACAGUGGGGCUUCGUCGAUGCAAGUUUCUGCGAUAGUUGGUAUCUUCCCAUGUUGCCUCCCGUAAUGGCAAGUGCCGUCAACGGCAACUUUGCAAACAUCGAUCUGGCGAUUUGUUCCACCUGGAGCGCUAAUUCCCGCGUGGGUACCAAAAUGAGGGCCCGGCUACUGCUCCCGGUGUCGCCACUGCGAUGAUUGACCAUAAGAUGAGAAACAAUGGGCCAGAGGUAGGUAAGAGUUUUCCCACUUCCCGUAGGAGCUGUCACUAUCGCAUCCUUUCCACACAAGGCUACACCUAGUGUCUGUGAUUGUACCGGUGUUGGGCUUGUCAAAUGCUUCAUAGCAUUCCAAGUCAUUACUUCCACCGGUAAAAUGUCUCUCAACUCAAGAAAGUCGUAUAUUGGAUCCAAGGUUGGUGGUUGGCAGGUAACAUUAUUUUCUUCUCGCCAUCUACCUCCUUCGGGUGUAUUCCUUAUUAUUGGAUCUGCACGACUUUCGUUGCUACCAUUUUCAUGUAUGGAAACUUGAGGACUCAACGGCAGAAGGCACUUUCGAAAGUGCGUGUAUUUCAUCCUAUCGUGCUGUACUUGUUCCAGUCGAAUAUCAACAUUUCCAUUUUGAUCUUCUUGKAGCUGCUGAUCCGAAGCCCUAUGGAAAGUGCCAUGCAAGGCAUGUUUUGCACUUGCUCCCCUGGGAUUAUCGGUAACGCGAUCGGACACAACACUUUUUCCGUUGUUGCUACUGCUGUUCUUUUUGUUUCCGACUUUCUUUUUUUGCACCCAGUGACCAGUCGCCUCGUCCUCGUUUUCAACAUCCAGUCUACCCCCUGACAUGGAUGCAGCGUUGGUAUCACCUUCACGAAAAUUAUAAUCAUCGUCAUCAGUGUUUGUAUUACCUCCGCUCUUGCUUCUUAUCGCUGUUUUGUCCAAUGUCUUCAUAUAAGCAUCCAAUGGAUCUUCCUCAUCGUCUUUUUUUUCAACAUUGUGCGCGUCUGUGCCUUUCCCCAAUUUUUCACCCAGCGAUCCGAUUUCACGUGGUUGCUGAUCUUCGUCAUCGUCGCUAUCAUCAAACCAUCCCAUGAUAAGAAUGGUUGGAAAAGCAAGCACACGAAACCCUUUUCAUCGAAAAUCAGAUAGUGCCAGGAGUUGAAAGUACUAGAACCGCAAACGGAGUGCUCAAAAUAGAUUCUGGAGGACCAUGUCUACUUCCUGUACAUGAUGUCCGUUUUCAGUGGCCAGUUUUCCGUUGUUGCAAAAAUUUACUGCGUUCGAAGAUCUCAUGUGUCGAAAAUCGUCAAUCAUGAGUGAACGAACAAAAUAAUUCCCGCCAGAAGAUGGGGGUUCUUGGUUCUUCAGUACGAGUACCAACGUUCGUACGGUACGUACGUAGCGGACAAUUACGGAUUACAGUACGCGUACCUACUGUAUUUCCGUACGGUACGGUAUGUACCGUACAGUACAGUAAUUUUUACAGUACUAGUAGUAGUAUCGUACUGUAUUUCGUCCUUAAUCCAGCCAUAGCGCAGCGGUCACCGUCGGCCUAUCGUACGGUACGUACGUACGAGUAGGGUAGCGAUAUCGAUACAAAAAAUUACGAGCAACGGUACACCGUACACUGUACACAGUACGCAGUACUUACUGUAAGAACUCGUAGCUAUGAUGCUACAGUGGUACAGUACGGUACCCUACGCGAAUACAGCUCGCCAGGCUCAGCAUUUUAAAAUAAAAAUCAUCUGUUUCUCGGAUCCGUUCACCAUCAAAAACACCACACACUCUUUCUCUCACUGCUCGACAGAGGACAGGGAACAAACUCCAAUCGUUUUUGGCACACUCGUGCUCCCACACCGCCAUCCGAAGCAUCGGUCAAAGGAAACACCAAAGAGUGACAAACGAAUCAGCCAUGCCGUCCCGAUCCAACAAGACCACACAACUGCUGGUAGCCAGUCUCGUUGCCGCUGCCACAAUCAGCUUGGCGAUUUACUUUGCAUCCACCCCCGCAACCGCAGAGUCGAAAAAGGACGACAAGACCAGCGACGAUGGCGAAGAGAAGAAAUCCACAAACCCGACCACGCCCUCCGCCAAUAGCACCAGUAGAGGUAGCAGCGGGGAAAAAGCGGCGGGUGACGACACACCGAAGAGGUCAAACGUCACGGACGAAAAGGAGCUGCAUUCGAAAAUCGAAGAACUAGACAGGAAGGGGAAGGCAUUAUUCAAAAACAAACAGGUAAACUGCUCCUACCGAUUCGGGUGUGUUCGAAUCCACAGCAUUGUGUUGUAUUAUCUGUCCAAGAUUGAUGACACGAAAUUUUGGUUCAUUCCUCCGUGUUCGUCACUGAUCGAUUUGUCAACUGUAUUUCGCGCAUGUGAUUCUCUUUGACACUUAACGAUCGAAUUGGUGCCAAUGCCUAACAUUUCGGGAAUCUUAUCUUUUGAUCCUUCGUUGAACGACGACAACGAUCCUAGUAUUUGCAAGCUGCGUCUACCUUUAGCGAGGCCUUGGAUUACAUCGAAACCCAUACCGACAGCACUACCCAAGGGUCAUCCCUGAACAAACAAAUCGUUACGCUCAUAAACAACCGGUCUGCCAUGUACGAGAAAGGAAAUUUGCCAGAGCUCGCUGUGGAAGAUUGCAACAAGAUUCUUGAGGUGUACGAUAUUACCCAUACGAAGGCGCGCCAACGAAAAUGCAGGAUUUUGGAGAACAAGAUGAGUAAUUAUUAUCAGGCUCUGGUAGAAUGCUGCGCUUUGCAACUGCAGUAUAUGCAGCAGCACCGAGACCAGUUGCGAAUGGGGCUCCCCCCAAGUGCGCCGCCGCCGGUGCAGCAGGAGAAGCUCGAAGAGCUUGUACAGAAAUUAAUACCGGAACAUCUCGAUGCGUAUGAUAAGAAGAUCCUCAAGAGAAUGAAGGAGAACCCACAAUUACCAUCUGACUAUACACUCAGCCAACUAUUGAAAUCGUAUACUGGAUUCAACGCCUGGAUGGCCAAGGCCGCGAAAGAUGGAGAGGCAUCCGAGAUGAAGAAAAAGGUAGAGGAGCUGCAAGCCAAAUCGAUGACAGAUGCAGCCGCCAUCGGCGAUAUUGCCAGUUUGUGGCUGAAGAUUGGACGGCGCCAUAUCUUUGAUGGAAAUUAUGCCCUGGCUCGCGAAGCGAUUCUGACCGGAUACGCACUGGUUGAGGACGACGAAAUGAUUCAGAAUGUCAUGGAGGGUGACGACUUUGUUCGGUUGCUAGAGUGGACUGGAAUGGUUAAACAUUGGGCAUACGAAUUGGACGGGGCCGUUACCUGCUACCGAAAGUGUGCGGAGCUAGAACCGAUCAAUGUACGUUGCAUGGCUAGGUUUAUGAAUGUGCUGUACAUUUCCCACGGAAUAAAUGCUUGGAACGAAAGGAGAGCGUCUUGUUUGUGGCACAACUUGAAAAAUCAAACGAAGUGUGAUCAUAGUAUCUGACCAUCUUUUGUCGUAUUCACAUACAACUGUUUCUUUCUCAUCCGAUCGAACCCGGCAACGAAGGCUGAGGUCAUGGUGAAACAAGCAGGGGUUCUUAUGGAUGCCACAAAGCACGAAGAAGCUCUGGAACUUUUCGACAAGGCACUCGCCAUCGACCCCGAUGCUGUUGAUGCCCUGCUGCACAGGGCCAACCUCCGAAUGAUUCAGGCGGAUCUGGACUCGGCAAAGAAGGACCUAGAACGCUGUAUCGAGCUGCGACCGGACUAUGUCAUGGCCCGUUUGAGAUUGGCAGCGGUCCUCACCUCAACGAAUGACGCGGCCGGUGCCAACAAGCAGCUCGAGGCCGCUGCCAAGGUAGCCCCCGAGUCGUCCGAUGUUCUGAGCUACAAGGGAGAAUUAUUGUUUACACAGAACGACUUGCCAGGUGCGAAGGAACAAUUCGAGAAGGCCAUGAGACUGGAACCGAAGAAUCCCACCCCCUAUGUCAACACGGCCCUGGCUGUCCUCAACAUUCCCCCCGAACCCGGUAAGCAGCUGGAGAUUGCUAACGAGGCGUGCACCUUGCUGGAGAAGGCGAUCGAGGUCGAUCCACAAUUCCAGGCCGCGUAUGUUCAGCUGGGACAGCUGAAGCUCGGCAUGGCGACGGACCUGAACACAGCCCGGGAAGUCGUUGAACUGUACGAGAAAGGACUGAAUACCUGUCGAACGAAGGAAGAAAUGAAAGACCUGAUGGGAAUGAAGUUGUUGACGCAAGCCCAGGUCGAUGGUGCAACCGCCAUGAAAAUGGAAACAUUUUCUCAGUAAAACAACCGAAUUCGGGACCGAUUUAGAACAUGCUUUUUGUUUGCACGCACAUUCGGCAGUAGUAGUUACAGUAGUCAGCGAACACCUAGGAUUUUUAGUAACAAUAGGCUUUUGAC